AUGCAAAACAGCCGACGGUGGCCGCUGUAUCCCCGGAUCUCCAAGACCCGUGAGAACUUGGGCCCGAGUCUCCUCAAGGACCACGACAUCCCAGCGUUCCACAGAGGACCACGACAUCCCAGCGUUCCUCAGAGGACCACGACAUCCCAGCGUUCCACAGAGGACCACGACAUCCCAGCGUUCCACAGAGGACCACGACAUCCCAGCGUUCCUCAGAGGACCACGACAUCCCAGCGUUCCACAGAGGACCACGACAUCCCAGCGUUCCACAGAGGACCACGACAUCCCAGCGUUCCUCAGAGGACCACGACAUCCCAGCGUUCCACAGAGGACCACGACAUCCCAGCGUUCCACAGAGGACCACGACAUCCCAGCGUUCCACAGAGGACCACGACAUCCCAGCGUUCCACAGAGGACCACGACAUCCCAGCGUUCCACAGAGGACCACGACAUCCCAGCGUUCCACAGAGGACCACGACAUCCCAGCGUUCCACAGAGGACCACGACAUCCCAGCGUUCCACAGAGGACCACGACAUCCCAGCGUUCCACAGAGGACCACGACAUCCCAGCGUUCCUCAGAGGACCACGACAUCCCAGCGUUCCUCAGAGGACCACGACAUCCCAGCGUUCCACAGAGGACCACGACAUCCCAGCGUUCCACAGAGGACCACGACAUCCCAGCGUUCCUCAGAGGACCACGACAUCCCAGCGUUCCUCAGAGGACCACGACAUCCCAGCGUUCCACAGAGGACCACGACAUCCCAGCGUUCCACAGAGGACCACGACAUCCCAGCGUUCCACAGAGGACCACGACAUCCCAGCGUUCCACAGAGGACCACGACAUCCCAGCGUUCCACAGAGGACCACGACAUCCCAGCGUUCCACAGAGGACCACGACAUCCCAGCGUUCCACAGAGGACCACGACAUCCCAGCGUUCCACAGAGGACCACGACAUCCCAGCGUUCCUCAGAGGACCACGACAUCCCAGCGUUCCACAGAGGACCACGACAUCCCAGCGUUCCACAGAGGACCACGACAUCCCAGCGUUCCACAGAGGACCACGACAUCCCAGCGUUCCACAGAGGACCACGACAUCCCAGCGUUCCUCAGAGGACCACGACAUCCCAGCGUUCCACAGAGGACCACGACAUCCCAGCGUUCCUCAGAGGACCACGACAUCCCAGCGUUCCACAGAGGACCACGACAUCCCAGCGUUCCACAGAGGACCACGACAUCCCAGCGUUCCACAGAGGACCACGACAUCCCAGCGUUCCACAGAGGACCACGACAUCCCAGCGUUCCACAGAGGACCACGACAUCCCAGCGUUCCACAGAGGACCACGACAUCCCAGCGUUCCACAGAGGACCACGACAUCCCAGCGUUCCACAGAGGACCACGACAUCCCAGCGUUCCACAGAGGACCACGACAUCCCAGCGUUCCACAGAGGACCACGACAUCCCAGCGUUCCACAGAGGACCACGACAUCCCAGCGUUCCACAGAGGACCACGACAUCCAGCGUUCCCAGAGGACCACGACAUCCCAGCGUUCCUCAGAGGACCACGACAUCCCAGCGUUCCACAGAGGACCACGACAUCCCAGCGUUCCACAGAGGACCACGACAUCCCAGCGUUCCACAGAGGACCACGACAUCCCAGCGUUCCACAGAGGACCACGACAUCCCAGCGUUCCACAGAGGACCACGACAUCCCAGCGUUCCUCAGAGGACCACGACAUCCCAGCGUUCCACAGAGGACCACGACAUCCCAGCGUUCCUCAGAGGACCACGACAUCCCAGCGUUCCACAGAGGACCACGACAUCCCAGCGUUCCACAGAGGACCACGACAUCCCAGCGUUCCACAGAGGACCACGACAUCCCAGCGUUCCACAGAGGACCACGACAUCCCAGCGUUCCACAGAGGACCACGACAUCCCAGCGUUCCACAGAGGACCACGACAUCCCAGCGUUCCACAGAGGACCACGACAUCCCAGCGUUCCACAGAGGACCACGACAUCCCAGCGUUCCUCAGAGGACCACGACAUCCCAGCGUUCCACAGAGGACCACGACAUCCCAGCGUUCCACAGAGGACCACGACAUCCCAGCGUUCCACAGAGGACCACGACAUCCCAGCGUUCCACAGAGGACCACGACAUCCCAGCGUUCCUCAGAGGACCACGACAUCCCAGCGUUCCACAGAGGACCACGACAUCCCAGCGUUCCACAGAGGACCACGACAUCCCAGCGUUCCACAGAGGACCACGAACAUCCCAGCGUUCCACAGAGGACCACGACAUCCCAGCGUUCCACAGAGGACCACGACAUCCCAGCGUUCCACAGAGGACCACGACAUCCGAGCGUUCCUCAGAGGACCACGACAUCCCAGCGUUCCACAGAGGACCACGACAUCCCAGCGUUCCUCAGAGGACCACGACAUCCCAGCGUUCCACAGAGGACCACGACAUCCCAGCGUUCCUCAGAGGACCACGACAUCCCAGCGUUCCACAGAGGACCACGACAUCCCAGCGUUCCACAGAGGACCACGACAUCCCAGCGUUCCUCAGAGGACCACGACAUCCCAGCGUUCCACAGAGGACCACGACAUCCCAGCGUUCCACAGAGGACCACGACAUCCCAGCGUUCCACAGAGGACCACGACAUCCCAGCGUUCCACAGAGGACCACGACAUCCCAGCGUUCCACAGAGGACCACGACAUCCCAGCGUUCCACAGAGGACCACGACAUCCCAGCGUUCCACAGAGGACACGACAUCCCAGCGUUCCUCAGAGGACCACGACAUCCCAGCGUUCCACAGAGGACCACGACAUCCCAGCGUUCCUCAGAGGACCACGACAUCCCAGCGUUCCACAGAGGACCACGACAUCCCAGCGUUCCACAGAGGACCACGACAUCCCAGCGUUCCACAGAGGACCACGACAUCCCAGCGUUCCACAGAGGACCACGACAUCCCAGCGUUCCACAGAGGACCACGACAUCCCAGCGUUCCACAGAGGACCACGACAUCCCAGCGUUCCACAGAGGACCACGACAUCCCAGCGUUCCACAGAGGACCACGACAUCCCAGCGUUCCUCAGAGGACCACGACAUCCCAGCGUUCCACAGAGGACCACGACAUCCCAGCGUUCCACAGAGGACCACGACAUCCCAGCGUUCCACAGAGGACCACGACAUCCCAGCGUUCCACAGAGGACCACGACAUCCCAGCGUUCCACAGAGGACCACGACAUCCCAGCGUUCCACAGAGGACCACGACAUCCCAGCGUUCCACAGAGGACCACGACAUCCCAGCGUUCCACAGAGGACCACGACAUCCCAGCGUUCCUCAGAGGACCACGACAUCCCAGCGUUCCACAGAGGACCACGACAUCCCAGCGUUCCACAGAGGACCACGACAUCCCAGCGUUCCACAGAGGACCACGACAUCCCAGCGUUCCACAGAGGACCACGACAUCCCAGCGUUCCUCAGAGGACCACGACAUCCCAGCGUUCCACAGAGGACCACGACAUCCCAGCGUUCCUCAGAGGACCACGACAUCCCAGCGUUCCACAGAGGACCACGACAUCCCAGCGUUCCACAGAGGACCACGACAUCCCAGCGUUCCACAGAGGACCACGACAUCCGAGCGUUCCUCAGAGGACCACGACAUCCCAGCGUUCCACAGAGGACCACGACAUCCCAGCGUUCCUCAGAGGACCACGACAUCCCAGCGUUCCACAGAGGACCACGACAUCCCAGCGUUCCUCAGAGGACCACGACAUCCCAGCGUUCCACAGAGGACCACGACAUCCCAGCGUUCCACAGAGGACCACGACAUCCCAGCGUUCCUCAGAGGACCACGACAUCCCAGCGUUCCACAGAGGACCACGACAUCCCAGCGUUCCACAGAGGACCACGACAUCCCAGCGUUCCACAGAGGACCACGACAUCCCAGCGUUCCACAGAGGACCACGACAUCCCAGCGUUCCACAGAGGACCACGACAUCCCAGCGUUCCACAGAGGACCACGACAUCCCAGCGUUCCACAGAGGACCACGACAUCCCAGCGUUCCACAGAGGACCACGACAUCCCAGCGUUCCUCAGAGGACCACGACAUCCCAGCGUUCCACAGAGGACCACGACAUCCCAGCGUUCCACAGAGGACCACGACAUCCCAGCGUUCCACAGAGGACCACGACAUCCCAGCGUUCCACAGAGGACCACGACAUCCCAGCGUUCCACAGAGGACCACGACAUCCCAGCGUUCCACAGAGGACCACGACAUCCCAGCGUUCCACAGAGGACCACGACAUCCCAGCGUUCCUCAGAGGACCACGACAUCCCAGCGUUCCACAGAGGACCACGACAUCCCAGCGUUCCACAGAGGACCACGACAUCCCAGCGUUCCACAGAGGACCACGACAUCCCAGCGUUCCACAGAGGACCACGACAUCCCAGCGUUCCACAGAGGACCACGACAUCCCAGCGUUCCACAGAGGACCACGACAUCCCAGCUCUACACUCUCCAUCGGCCCUUUGGGCGGACCCAGGGGUGGUCCAGGGGUGGUCCAGAGGCGGUCCAGAGGCGGUCCAGAGGCGGUCCAGAGGCGGUCCAGAGGCGGUCCAGAGGCGGUCCAGAGGCGGUCCAGAGGCGGUCCAGAGGCGGUCCAGAGGCGGUCCAGAGGCGGUCCAGAGGCGGUCCAGAGGCGGACUAGUCUUUGGGCCAGACCUCGGGCUACACCAUAAUAACAGCACUCAGAGCCGUGGGGGUUUAUCAAGGCCACACUAA